UUCGUUGCUGUGUUGUGUUCUUAUCCGGACUUGGUUUGCAGACACACCGUUGCUAUUGGAUGCACUGACAGCAGCUUCUCCGCAGCAGCAGGAUGCUAAUUAUUCCAUCAGCAGCUAAACUGUCAUAAACAGAGAAGAAAAGAUAUAAAACGUCACAUUUUAUCUUCUAAUGGUAUCACACUCUGACGUAUUGACGUCCUAAGGGCCGUAAACGUAAGCUACGAGUUUAUCUCGGAAGCAGCAGGACGAAGUGUAACGUUAAGCCUUUAAACUAAGCGGCUAACUAUCGUUAGCUCGUGUGUGUGUGUGUGGGUGUGUGUGUCUGUGAGCGGAGAUUCUCAGGUAGUUUAACGGCAAACCGAGAGUUUAACGAUAUGGUGAUUGUACGGGAACCGACAGGGACACGGGGAUGACCCAGCUGGUACUGAUGUUCUCCUGAAGAAUCAGACAAGCAACUGGACUCCUCAGGUGUUUGAUCAUGACUGAGAAAGACUUUGGCCUUAGCCGGGUCAGACCGGGCCAGGCCAUCCUGCUUCUGGACAGUUCUCUCCUCACCCUGCUGGUCUAUGGAGCGCUGAAACCUCCAACAUGUCUGACUGUUAUCCAGUUGCCGUAGAGGGGCAGAGGGCUGCAGAGGACCCUCCUGGUCCUGGCCGUCCCCCCUUGGCAGAGAAGGCCCUGUCGGAAGCAUUUGCUCGGUUGAGGUACCGGGACACAUCCCUGCUGAUCUGGCAGCAGCAGCAGCAGGACCUGCAGGCAGCCCCUCCCUCCACCUACCUGAACCGCAGCCAGUCGGCCUGGUACAGCAGCUUUGGAAACCAGGCCGUGUUGGUCCGGGACAAGAAGAACCUGGAGGGCACAGAAGGACGAUCCAGGAUCUGCAGUGUCAUGUAGACUGGAGCCAGAAACCUCAACAGACUGGUUUGAUUUAAAAACAGAGACUUAUAAACCGAGACUUAGUCUGUAAUUCACACCAAACUCCAUGUAUUUUUUUAGUGGGUUUAAACCUGAUUUUAAAGGCUGGUGCUGCUCCAUUUCAUCCGUUUGUGCCCCUUCAAAGAUGCAGCCAUGUCUGCUUGUUUUACAUGACUUUUGUGAGCAGUUUAACUUAAAGUGGUUUUUACCCUCAAAUUAACCUUAAAUGCUUUCUGAAUCGGUUUCAUUCCCCCGUUAAGCUUAUUAUCUUGCAGCGUCUUGGAGUGUCGGAAACAACCGGCCUUGUGGAAAUGGUAGGCUCUAUAAAGGGAUCUAGACUCAAACUGUGUGUGACGUAAACAGUGAUGUUACAUGUUACAGUAUGACUACAUAUUCUGGUUUAACUGCAACAAAUGAUUUUAUUCUUGUAGAUAUGGUUUUACAUGCUGCAUCCAAGACACACUC